AUGGUAUCAGAUAGCGACAUGCUACAAUUUAUCAAGGAAUUCCUUCAAAUCCUCAGAGAUAGUCCGGAGAUAAAAGCUAUCACCGGGUAUGAUCGGGCCCAAUGUGUCAUAGUUGGGGGUGCAGCCGUGCGCUGCUACUUCAGAAAACGUUCCGUUGAGGACAAUUUCGACAUUGCGAUCUUCCCUCCCGAAUUUGCACCGAAACUCAAGAAAGUAUUGUCCAAACUGCAGUAUUUUGAAAUGCGGCUAGACCAGUUGGUCUGGCAUACGAUAUAUGGCUGCAUUCGAAUUGGCAUCCGACCAACCGAUGAUUUCACGACGAUUCCGAAAAAUCUGCAACUGCUCGGCAAUUUGGAUCCCGAUCAUCUCCCUGUCAUUCCUCUGACCGAAUUGAUUAUAUUCAAAGCCCAAGCUUGUGGGAACCGGUCAGAGGAGCAGAAUAAAAGAGAUGCCGAAGAUGUUAUCAAGCUAAUGGAACUGUUCCCCGGUCGAUCAUUCCGACGCCGGCUCAUGGAUCGUCAGUGGGCAUCGCUGCAGCUUGUGAAACCCUCCCUCAAAGCAAGCAAAAAAUAUAAAUGGGAUACAGCCUUUUGA